GUUUUUUCAAAAAGUUAGGUUAAGAAUAAUUUGUUUAUUUUUAAAAGAAAAACAGAAAUGGAAGUAAUAAAUGACGAAAGUCCAAGAGUUAUACUUGAAGAAUACAAAGUUACACAGAAUCUACCGAACGGCCCCACAGUCUUAAACGAAAUAUUUUCUAUUAAAACCUUCAAAAAGAAGUUCAGAAUAGUCAUAAUUCGCAAUGAAAACCACGAAAUGGAGUUCGACAUGAUCGGCAUCCAUCCAUUCUUGGCAAAUACAUUCCGAAGGCUCAUCUUGAGUGACGUGCCAAGCAUGGCCAUAGAAAAAGUGUAUAUUAGUAACAAUACUUCUAUCAUUCAGGAUGAAGUGCUGGCGCACAGGUUGGGGUUAAUUCCGCUCAAAGCAGAUCCCAGACUGUUUGAUUAUAAGGAGGAUGCUACUGCAGAAUCUAAUGAAAACGAUUCAUUAGAGUUUGAAUUAAAAAUUAAAUGCAGUUAUAACAAAGAAGCCAACAAAAAAGAUUCUUCAAGAGUAGAAGAUAUGUAUAAAAAUAAUAAUGUGUAUUCAAAGCAUUUAAAGUGGAUUCCUGUAGGAAACCAGAAAGAACGGUUUAAUGAAUCUGACGUGGGGCCAAUCGAGCCGGAUAUUUUGAUAGCGAAAAUGAGGCCUGGACAUGAAUUAGAUUUAAAAUUGGUAGCUGUAAAAAGCAGCGGACGAGAUCACGCCAAAUUUUCACCAGUUGCUACCGCGUUUUAUAGACUUCUCCCAGAUAUCAAACUUUUAAGAGAUGUUGAAGGUGAAGCGGCUUAUAGGCUACAAAGCUGCUUUUCUCCUGGCGUCAUUAGCGUUAGAAACGAAAAGGAUGGCAAAAAAGUUGCAGUCGUAAACAACUCCAGAUACGAUACGAGUAGUAGAAACGUUUAUCGGUAUGAAGAUCUAAAAGAUGCCGUCGUUAUGACAAAGAUUCAAGAUCAUUUUAUUUUCACAAUAGAAUCGGUAGGGGCAAUGCAACCGGAUGUAAUUUUUAAAGAAGCCGUUAAUAUUUUAAGGAAUAAGUGCGCUUCAUUGUUAGAGGAACUUAAUUCUACAAGUUAAUAUAUUUUGUUAUUUUUUCAUGAAUAAUAAAAAUCUAAUAAAUUGAA